AGUGAGUCACAUGACGGCGCGGCAAUAUCGCGAGCGUACAGUGCAUGCACGGCGCGCCCUCCCGCCUACUCAAUCGCCACCGGGGGAAAAGAAACGACUAGCGUCGGUCACUUGUUCGCCCUUUGCAGUUGCGAAGGCCGAGAGCUGCUAGACUCUGACAAAACGCGCAGCCGGCUGCUGAUAAAUACUAACCUUGCCAAAGUAGAAGACGCAAGAUAGGUACCGCCAGACAGAUCUGCCGCAUUCUGGUGUUCCCUCGCCUUGACCCAGUCCAUCACCAGUCUUUCUUAUCAAGCAAUGGCGCGACCUCGACGAAACCAAAGCGCCAGCGGCAGCAAUGAUAACGACGGCCAGAACCAGACUGUGAACGGCAACGACGGUAGCAACGGUGCUCGUAAUUCACGUCCCACGCGUAACAUCACCGGGCCACAGUCUGCCCUGACGGACUUCCUGGCCUCUCACAAUAUCUCAGCUCGUCAAAUCCGUGACGAUGCUGACCGCAGACGACAAGCUGUCGCGCAACAAAACUCAAGUGAGACGAAUGGCACCUCGAAUGCGAACGACGAUCCCACUCCGGCACCUCUGCCACCUGCCCGCGUCGCCCGUCGGCAGUCCACGCGAGAUGAAGGCGAACAAGAAACCCCUGAGAAAUUGGCGCAAAAAGAGAAGGCUCUGGCUAAGAUCAAGGCUUCCAAAGCUUUCAAGAAGCGCAAGAAGGAUGCUGAUGAGGAGUCCGACUUUGAUGAUGACGAGAUUGCCCGGGCCAUCUUUAACGAGCGUCAUGCGCCUCUGCCGGGACAGAUGGAAAACUGCGAAAUAUGCGACAAGAGAUUCACGGUAACCCCCUACUCCGUUCAGGGACCGAACGGCGGUCUUCUCUGCGCGCCGUGCGGACGACAGAUAGCCAAGGAACGACAGGGCGAGAAGCCUAAAAAGAAGGCACCUCGAAGACAGACGGCUGGUAUUGGUUCUCGGAGAGCAGCCCAAAGCCGUCUCCUGGAUGGCAGCGUGGGAACUCUGAGCCUCGCCACUCUAUGUGUGCAGACUUUGGCCAAGAAUGUCGAGUUGGCGGAAAGUUUGGGAGACCUGCCAGAACACCUGGUCGACAAGAUCGCACGCAUUUUCUCAAAGCGGCGACUGCUUAGCCCCGAUACCUUGCCCCUGUUCCUCCAACCCUCUACGCAAACGAUACACAUUUAUGAUGGGGCAAAACUCGGCGAGCAAGAGUUGAUCAGCAUCUUCCAGAUCGCGCCUGGUCUGAAACACUUCAAGGCGAGAUGUGUGGUACAGUUCAAAGACGAGGUCAUGGACUACGUACUAUCGCGAGACACGUCAAUGGAGAGCUUCUACUUGCAUGGAGCGAACCUUCUGAGUGAGGAUAAACUACACGAGUUUCUCCGAGCUCAAGGGUCCUAUCUCCGGAACUUACAGAUUUACUAUACCGACAAGCACGUCGGUGACGAGACCAUCGGAGUUGUUCGGGAACACUGUCCGAACCUCAAACGCCUGAAAAUUGAGCAUAAUCAGAAGAUGACUGACAAAGGUGUGAAAGCUCUUGCCAAUGUCACUUGCCUCGAGCACUUGGGUUUACAUCUGGAUAACAGUCCAAGUUCUCCGGCCAUCAGAAAAGCGGUCUCUGGUUCCGGACCUAAUCUUAAGACGUUGUCGCUCAGCAUCGUGCCUAAUGCGGACGACAGUGUGUUGGAUGCCAUCCACAUGACAUGUCGCUCCCUCUCGAAAUUACGCAUCACCGAAAGCCACUUGAUGACGGACGACGGAUUUGCCGCACUCUUCACAGGGUGGCAGAACCCGCCUCUCACGUUCAUUGACCUAGAAAAGUGUCGCUACGUGAGUGCUAUGCAGCCCAGACAGAACGAUGACCUCGUGGGUCUCUGCAGCAAUGGAUUCAAGGCCCUGAUGGCACAUUCCGGUCCAAGACUGCGAUAUCUAAACGUCCAUGCUUGCCGUAACAUUUCUCGAGAAGCAUUCGAAGAGGUGUUCGACGGCGACUCGACAUACCCCGAGCUGCGACGUCUGAAGAUUAGCUUCUGCGAAGAGGUCACUGAUUAUUUGCUGAGCUGCAUCGUUCGGUCUUGCCCGAACAUCAAAGAGGUCAACGUAUUUGGCUGCAUGAAAGUGAGAGAUGUCCGCGUGCCUCGAGGCAUCAUUCUGGUUGGUGUGCCGAAUGCGCAGGGAAUGAUCACAGAAGGAAAGCAUUGAGAUGGCCGUUUCAAGAAUAUCUACUAAAAAAGCGCCUUUCCUGACUGCGACGCAUCUCGCAUGCGUAAAGAGUUCUCGGCGAGUUUUAGAUCGGUCUUUGAGAUGGCGACUGGCGCAUUGGGCGAACGGAAUAUGCUGGACGAACAGCAUUCUUAUGAUUUUAGACGAGACUAUACCCUAUUUAUGUCAUGGCUUCUACAAGUAUCUCAUUUCGGGCUUGUUGGUGACCGUCUGGUUAUGAUUACAUCUCUAUGCUCCAG